UGUUGGCAUUGCCACUUGUCCUCCACUUGAGGCCACCUGCCACCUUCUUGUGGCAGACACCCAGGACAGCAUGGGUACAGGGUUGUUCUGCAGGGACAGCCCAGGUGUGCCCUCUGGGAUUGGUGGUGGUGACCACCAUGGGGGAGUGGUCAUGGAGAGUUGGGGGUGUCACAGCCAGAACUGGUGGGGGCAGCUGCUUGCAGGUGGCAGGCUACAGCCGAGGCUAGGUGGGGAGGCGUCAACAUGGCAGGAAGUGAGGUGGGGGCAUGGCUGUGGCACGCCCAGGCUGCUGGCUCCUGCUCAGAAGCUGAGAAGGCGCCACGGAGCCCAGGCGGGGUAAGAGCUGUCCACCUCUAAUCUCCCGCUUAAGUCCCCCUCCAGGGCCUUGCCAGCCAGGAAGAUUUGAGACUAGCACCAUCUGCUCCCCUCAUGCUUACCAGAAUCCACCCCGCCCCCCUCCUCUGGUAGGCUACGAGCUGGGCUGUGACUGCUGUGUUACCCAGCCCUGCUAGGACCCCAGUAAAGAGCCACAUUCCAGGUGGGGGCUGGGGUGGGGGUAGCACAAAUGGUGGGUUGAGAGCCAGAUGAGUGGGUGAGGGCUACAGGAGUCAUGUGGGUGUCACUGUUAGCUGCAGUCCAGUGGGGCCUUGGGCUUUCCCAGGUCUCUAAGACUGGGCUGUGUGGCCAUGGCUGCCCAGCCUCCCUCCCUAGCCAGUGCUCAGAAGGACCACUUCUGUGGUCCUUGAGGGAACACGGGGCAGAGCUGGCCUCCAUCCCCUCCCGAGGAGCGGCUGGGGGCGCCGCGCCUGGGAGGAGACUGUGGGCUGGGGCUUCCUGUGUGCUGAGUCAGUUCACCAAGCCCAUCAGCCAAGUUGGGGGCAGGGCUGCAGGGACCCCUUGGGGCCUCAGUUGCCUUUCUUUGCCCCAGGUCGCUCUGUGUGGGAUGGGGCCGCAGCUGCCCUGGGCACCCCCUGCCCUUGGGAUCCUAGCAGGCUGUGUGCUGCUGCUUGGGCUGUGGGCUCUGUGCUCCGUCUGCCACAGGAAACGGGCGCCGAGGCAGGGGGUGGGGCUUCAGGGAGCUGAGAUACCUGCAGACUUGAUGCAGCUGAGACAGACCCACCUCCGCACACUCAGCAAAUCGGACACGAGGCUGCAUGAGCUGCACAGGGGCCAGAGAGGUGGCCGAGCCCCUCGGCCCGCCAGCAUGGACCUCCUGCACCCUCACUGGCCGGAGGGGCACAGGGGCACCCUCAGGCUGCCUGCCGUGCUCCCGACUUGUCCACACCCAGAGCUACCCCAGCCCUGGCCUGCAGUGGCCACCUUGGCCUCUGCUGGCUCUGAGACCUAUUCCAACGUGGGCCUGGCAGCCCUGCCCAGAGCGAGCCUGGCAGCCAGCCCUGAGGUGUGGUCAGGGGCCCAGCUGACCAGUGGUCGGGCCAGGCCUGGGCUGGGCCCUGGGGCAGCAGAAUAUGCCAGCAUCCAGAAGCUCAAGGGGGCAGACAAGGGCCUCCAUGGGCAGCAGAAGGCUGAGGUGACCCCAGCCUCCCAGGUGGACACUCUGUACUCCAGGGUCAACAAGCCCAAAAGGAGGGAUGCAGGGGCCCCCACAGUGUGGUCGGGCCAGGGUGUGGACCAGGAACCCCUGGAAAAUGUGUAUGAGAGCAUCUCGGAGCUGGGCUGCGAGCGUCCCCCACUGGCCAGCAGCAAUCGUGGACACGUGUAGACCGCAGGGGAGCUGGAAGCUAUUGUGUGGACAGCAGAGGCCCGCUUCUGAAUAAAUUUCAUAGCAGAA